UUCUAUGUUCAAGCCUCGUUGGCAUCUGGGAUGCAGUCCGCUCCUCCGGCUAUUGCCCCGGCACCAGUGCCACAGACGAGCACAAGUACGGUGUCGGCGCUGCACCAGCCUCUCCAACACCACCUCGCUCCACAGCCUCUCACUCACCCUGGAGUGUCACCAUCUCCUAUGCCACAGUUCUCUCCGCAGGUACAAGUAAUUCAGAGUGGAAUACCAGGUGGCCCCUAUCUCCAACAACUGUACCAAAAUGCCCAGGGUCAACUGAUCGUGCCUAGUAAUCUCACCCUUCAGACGGCUACAGGCAUGAAUACAACGCCUAUACAACCAAAUACUCUGAAUGGACUCAAUCAGCCGCUUCAGGUAAACCAAAUGUCGUUUCAGGUAAUUGCAGCUGGGAAGCCAUUCCAAGGUCAACUUGCCCCCCACAUGUUGACAGCCACCACAGGGAAGGCUGGAGUACUGCAGGCUGGCGGUCAAGGUUACUCUCCUGCGGCCAUCCCAACCACAGGUAGUCAGACAUUGGUGAUCGGUCAGCUGCCCGUGGGAGUCAUCAGCAGCCAGCAGCACAACAUACUUCCCGCACACUCCACUACACACAAGCCCGGAGAUAUGCAGAAGCAAGGCAUCACGUGGGCGACCCCUGGGACUCUGCACUCUCCGGCUCUUCUGGCUGCUCAGAAUCAGCCAAUUUUCAUCAGAGGUGCUCAACCGGGCCAAGAAAGUGUUUUUAUUUCCAACACUCAGCCACAAACUAUGCAUGCACCUAAUUCUAUGAUGCCGCCAUUGGGAUCGAUGCAGCACGGCACUCAGACUCCCAAGCAACGAGCUGGAAUGGAGAUGCCUGCCAACAUCCAGCCCAAGGCACCCAAUAUGCGUCCACCUAUCCUGCCCUCCAAUCCUACACAGAUUCGUCCAGGUUCUUCAGUGUCGACUCAAACAGCUGGUCAGCAGCUUGCCCCUGGACCUAUGACGGCACCCAGAACACAGAAUAAGGUGCGUGGAAAGAGUGGUGCCAACCGAGCAUCUCCGGCCAUGAGUAAUGCUUCUCAGAUGACCAAUGCGCAAGUGUCCCACGCCGCUAAUGCUAAUGCCAUGGCUGCAAAUGCUGCUGCUGCUGCUGCUGCUGCCAAUGCUAGCACGCAGGUGAUGCAGCAGACAGCUGGAUCUCCAGCACCCAUGGCGGCUUCACCAACUGUCUCGGCCGCCAAUAAAGUUAUAGCUCAGGGUGCUCAGAUGCAAGCUAUUACUAGUAUGGCUCAAACUAAACCUGGAGUUCCAAUGACCCCUCCGACAGCACCUCUACCCCCAGCAGGGCAGCCGCCUCCUGGCUUGCCCCAGCUGGUCAGAGCUCCCGGAUCGAAAAACCAGCAAUCAAGUGUGAAUAUUCCUCAAGUGUCGGUGGCCCCCUCCCCACCCACGUUAAUAUCUAGUGUAUCUCUACAAGCCCAGUCUCAUGUACAGACUAUGACUAGUCAAGCUUCUAUAAACUCCCAAGCCACUACAACAUUUUCUAUGCAACAGCAUCAUCAACAGCAACAGCAGCAGCAGCAGCAACAACUACAGCAGCAACUACAGCAGCAGCAGCAGCAACAACAGCAGCAGCAGCAACAGCAGCAGCAACAACAUCAACAACAUCAACAACAACAGCAUCAACAACAACAGCAACAGCAGCAGCAACAACAACAACAGCAGCAGCAACAACAGCAGCAGCAACAGCAGCAGCAGCAGCAGCAACAGCAACAACAGCAGCAACAACUCCAUCACCAACAACAACAAAUAAUAUGUCCAGUGUCUCAGGCUAUGACCUCCCUGCAGCCUCCAACACUGGCGCCAGCAAUAUCACCAAUGUCUUCAACACCUCCAACUCUCCAACCCAAGACAGAGACUAAAAUGGAAACCAUCACAACAACAAAGAAAGUAAACACCAUAUCUUCUCUUACGAAUGAAAACGGUACAGGCAAAAAAGUUAAUGCAGUGACGUGCAUGCCAUCUUCAAUACCAGGGAGCGCAACACACAUGACACAAGCUGUAACGCAACAGGUGCAAGCGCCAACGUUAAACGGCACAGCUUCCAGUGAAAGCGGAGAAGUUCACGACAAAGCUCCACAAGCAACAGUCAAUGGAACAGCGCAUCUCGUUGCACCCAUGCCACCCAGCAGCGGCCCACCUAAGGCAAUGGUCAAGCCGCAGGUCCUCACACAUGUAAUUGAAGGAUUUGUUAUUCAUGAAGCUUCUGAGCCAUUCCCUGUGAGUCGAUCAUCUUUGCUAACUGAGAUCUCGAAGCCUCGGCCUCCCAACUACACCAACACUACUAUCCCAGUGGCUGCCGUCACCUCCUCCUCGGCGCAGGCACCCAUAGGAGGACAAGCCGAGAAAGAGAACCUGCCCGAUGAUGAGGCUGCCAGAAAGAAGACGUGUGAACAGACCUCAACCUCACCUAAAGGAGACACAGCCAAGUGUGAGUUUUGUGGAAAAACUGACUUGCGCUCCAAAUUCAAAAGAUCCAAGAGGUUCUGCAGUACAGCUUGUGCUAAAAGGUACAAUGUUGGGUGUUCAAAAAGAAUUGGUCUCUUCAAAAAUCCCGAGGAAUGCCCUAGUAAACGAGCACGGGAAGAUGGUGGAAUGGAGGAGGCCGAUGCUGCACCCCCAUUGGUGCCAAUUGAGCCUCAGGGAACAGAGCCAGUAGGAAUGGAAGUCGACGAGACAGUUGUCGAGGGCGAUGGAACAACUGUAGAAUCUCCUUCCAAAACUCAGAGAGUUGACAUUCUCAAGUGGACGGUUAAGGAUGUAGUCGACUUCAUACAAAAUCUUCCGGGCUGUAAAGAAUAUGCAGAAGACUUUGCCCUUCAAGAGAUAGAUGGGCAGGCAUUAAUGCUUCUAAAAGCUGACCACCUCAUGUCAGCCAUGUCCAUGAAACUUGGACCUGCUUUGAAGAUCUGUGCUAAGAUUGAGUCAAUGAGAGGUGACAGAAAAGAAACCUAAUGAGUACAAAACUUAAAUAAUGGAUUAAGAUGUUUUUAGAAGAGCAAGACAAAUGUGAUGACUUAAAUUAUAUUCUCAUAUUAUAUUUAAAUUGUUUUAUAUGUAUAUCAUCUAAGCUUUGCUCUUUUAUCAGAACCACUUCCAUUCAUCUUUACUGGAGCGGUUUCCUUUCAUUGAGUCAAAUAUUAUAUAUUGUAAAUAAAAGCUAGUACUUAAGAAGAGAAAGUACAGACAUAUUUUAUUUUACAGUAAUAUCCUGACUGUGACAAAUGUGCACUGCCGAAUGUAGGGUUAAGGGAUUUUUUCACCAUUUU